CCCCGGGCGAGCGAGCGUAGAGCGGCCCGUCUUGUCGGUCCCCACUUUGACCGAUCGCCACACUCACCCCGGCUCCGAGAUCGCGCCGAUCGCAAGGCGAGACUCCGGCUGGUAACGUUGGGCCGCAACAGUUGGGCCGAGUCCGCUCGCGCAAUCGCAUUCGAAAAUAAUUCCUUUUUUCUCUCGUCCUCGGGCCUCGUUCGAUUUUCAUUCAAACGUCGUCAUAUUUUCCUAACGAUUUUCGGCCGGCGAGUCCUCCGGAUUCGCUCCACUCGACCUUUUCCCUUCUUUAUUCACAAAAUUCCAUACUCGAAAAUUUCUAUUUUCGUCGCAUACGCAGUGAUCGGUAAGCGGACUCUCGACGCGACUUUGUCACGAAUUAUGUAAACAAGUGCGCUCGUUCACGUGCCCAUGGAAUCGCCCAGAUCUUGACGUGACCAAGUGAUUUAAAUCGUUUAUUGUGUGCGGACCGGCCGAGGAUUCUCAGACACGUGGAUGCCUUUUUGUUUUGGUUACAAACCAACACGAGUGUGCGCGCUCAACGAACGAUACACGCGGAAAUAUCGAUUUGAUACGUAAAUAAACUUACGUAUUCUGUGCUCAUUUUAAAUCGGCGCUCCUUAAUCCUGCUUCUUAUUCUCAUCCCCUUUUCUCUUUCUCUCUCUCUAAAUUCACGCGUUUGUCACGAGUGUGCGCGGAGUUUCCCCGAUAAGUAUAUUAGCGGCUGUUAUCGUCGCUCGGAAGCCCAAGGAUCGCAGCGAUAAAUCGCUACCAGGACAACUUCGAGCUCUGCCCAUUUCCAAGAAACCGAGAAGCAGCGAUCAUCAACGGGAAUUCGUCGAGGAUAAAUAAGGAGGAAAAUCGGUCGUGAGAAAAGUCGAGAUUUUCGAGUUUCCUGACUGUUGUCCAACUGCAAAAUAAAUCUAAACAAAUAAACCGUAUAAAGUAAGAGUAAAAAUAAAAAUAACCGGGCGUCGGAUAAUAAAACUAAAUAAUAAUCUCGAAAUAAGAGUAAAUCGUGAGUGCUUAAAUACGAAAAACGAUUAAUACGGUGAAGGGAUAACUGAAAUAAAAUUCUGCUGGGAAAAGAGCGUCGUUUGAGGAUGCUGGGAAUUUUCGUAUUCGCAACGAUGGAAAAAUGAAGUUGUGCGCAGAUCGUUCCACCGACCAGCAGCACGUUAAAUUUUCCAUCCAUAAAUGACCGAUGUGGUGCGGCCAAUCAGGAUUAUCUCUGCCCAAAAUGAUUCGCGCCCUCGUCCCACUGUGCGUCAUCAGCAUAAUAACCGUCGCACGAUGCCACGAGAUUCACGAACAUAUGACGGCAGAAGAGACGCUGUCGGUUUUUCAAACGACUCCAGACCAACCCGUUCCUCCUCACGAGGUGGUGCCAGUGCUGCACACAGUUCGCAGUAAAAGUGAAAAAGCGAUCGGACCAGCCGAAAUCCACCUGAAGGCAUUCGGAAAAGAUUACAAAUUGUCGUUGAAGCCAACGAAAGGUUUGUUCAAAAGCAACAAGCACGUGCCCAUGUGGACUGUGACGAGAAAUGACUCGAAUCCCGACGGUCUCUAUUACGAGGAGGUCGAAGAAGCGAGCAGUGACAUCGGUGACAUUUACCAGGACCAAGCAAGCAUGUCAUCAAUAUUGUUGCAUCACGACCAUAAUGGGCAAGUGCAAGUGGAGGGCAACAUCGGAUCGGACCUGGUCAUUCGGUCACUUCCGGUACGAGUCCUCAAAGAAAUCGUCGAAAAGACGGAAGGCUUUGAUCACCCUAAUUUGUUGCCAAACGUCACGGCGAGGGACAAGAGAAGCCUCAGGCUAACCAACCAUCACGUCGUUUUCAGGAGACCCAGUAGAGCCUCGGACGACGAGUACAGUGACUUCGUGCUCAUGGAGCCGGAUCAUAUGUCUAAAAGGUUCAGAAAGAAGCGAUCGACUGGUGGGAGAUCCAAACGCGAUGCGCCUUACGUCAUUUAUCCCGAAAUUUUGUGUAUCGUCGAUUACGACGGAUACAGACUGCACGGCGGUGACAAUGUUCAAAUCAAGCGAUAUUUCGUCUCCUUUUGGAACGGCGUCGAUCUGAGGUACAAAUUGCUCAAAGGACCCAGAAUACGGAUCAGUAUUGCCGGAAUAAUCAUAUCACGAGGGAGGGAUGCGACGCCGUACCUCGAAAGGAAUCGUGUGGGACGUGACGCGAUCGAUUCGGCAGCUGCGCUUACGGACAUGGGAAAGUACUUGUUCCGGGAGAGGAGACUUCCGGUCUACGACAUUGCAGUAGCCGUAACAAAAUUAGAUAUGUGCAGGAGGCAAUACGCGAAUGACGUGUGCAAUAGAGGAACAGCAGGUUUCGCGUACGUCGGUGGCGCCUGCGUCGUCAAUAAACGCCUGGAAAAAGUGAAUUCGGUCGCCAUUAUCGAAGACACUGGAGGAUUCAGCGGUAUCAUCGUAGCUGCCCACGAAGUUGGUCAUUUGCUGGGUGCCGUCCACGAUGGAUCCCCUCCGCCCAGUUAUCUGGGAGGUCCAGGGGCUGAAAAGUGUCGCUGGGAGGACGGCUACAUAAUGAGCGACCUCCGUCACACUGAGAAAGGUUUCAAAUGGUCCCACUGCAGUGUCUCCUCGUUCCAUCACUUCUUGAAUGGUGACACCGCGACUUGUCUUUACAACGCGCCUCACGAAGACGAAGCAUUGCCCAGAGUGCUGCCAGGAAAAUUACUCUCUCUGGAUGCGCAGUGCCGAAAAGAUCGGGGAACUAGCGCGUGUUUCAAAGACGACCGUGUCUGCGCCCAGCUUUUCUGCUUCGACGCUGGAUCCGGUUAUUGUGUGGCUUACAGACCAGCAGCGGAGGGUUCUCCUUGUGGCGAUGGGCAGUAUUGUCUCAACGGAAGAUGCGUGGCUGAGCAUGAGAAUAUUAUUCCCGAUUACACUCAAAACAUCCCAACUUAUGUCCGUCGGGACGGUAAUUACAACGGGAAUCGAGCGACGUAUGGGCAGUACAACCAUACAGAUUACAGGUCAACUUGGGAUACGACAACACAAAUCACAACUUAUUCAGAUCCUCAUUCAGAUCCUGUGUCCUAUAAUUACGAGACAACGACUCGUUACAAUCCCUACAAAUACACGACGAAGGUGACAGUGUAUACGACCGAUUACAACACGAAAAAUCGUUACGAUAAGACGAGAAAUGAUUUCGAACGCUCGUCGUAUUACAAUAACUAUGGAACAUCAACGACGCCGAAAAAAACAAAAAAUUUUUUUAAUUUUUAUUACAACAAUGCAUACACGUCGAAGACCACGAAUACUGUCCCAAGAAUUCCGUUCAAGUAUAAGAGCCCCACGACAACGGCCGUGGCCUCGUCCGCGUCUUCGAUCGUCGGAGACCAUUUUGGCCUUCGGAGUACCCCGGGUCGUGGAUUAGGGGGCGGCGGUGAGUGCGUCGACGUGGCACCAGACUGCGCGGAUCUGAUAGACAGGCUGAGAACGUGGCUGUGCCAUCUACAAACAGUGAAAAGCCGCUGCUGCGCAUCCCUCAAAGCGGUUUGCGCGAGCUAAAGCAAAUCAUUUGGCAAAAAAUAAAGAAAAAACAAACUUGAGCAAGAAAGAAGAAUCGAUGGGAAGGAACGAAAGUUCACUUUUCUCGUACCAAACGCGUGAGGUUCACGAAUUUGGAUACUGUUUUCUGAGUGUUGUUAGUGAGUUGUGAAUUGUCGUGAAAUUAGUCGGAGCUGCUGCUACUGCUGCUGCUCUGCCACUGCAAGGGGAACGAACCAACAGGAGAAAAUCAAUAAAUAAAUACAUUUUGUUGAAAUUAUUUAUUUAUUCAUUUGCGAUAUUAACUAUGGGAGAAGCUCGAGGCUUGAAAAUAAGGAAAAAAUUACGUUUAACGAAGCUCCGAGAGUUUGGGCGCACACUGGACUCAUUAUUAAUGUUGAACGUUUGGAGGGUGCCCUGAAAAUUAGGGAAAAAAAAUAAUAAGAAACAUCUUUCUGCGAAGGAAUUGAACCGAUUGAAUUCUCCUCGUUACCGUAUAAAUAUGCAUAAUAUUACGUAGAGCAGCGAUGUUGUAUUUUUUCUUCAUGUUUUUUCUGUUUUUCUUUUUCUUCGUACGCGACUCGUUCACUAAAUAAAAAUUGGGAGAUUAACUUUCGAAAAAAAUGUCUCAAAUGCCAGGCGGUAACGCUGAAUGGAAGAGAACAAAUACGAGUAAGUAACGAGAAGCUCAAUACUUGAAAACGAACGAUUGUAACACAAUGGGAAUAUUCAGCGUGAAUCCGCGACGUCGAAAUAAAAGGCUUUUCAGUGAUUUUCGUCAUGCGAUUAUUCCUUCUUUUCGUGUUUUUAUUAUUUUAUUUUAUUUUUUUUUUCGUGUUAUCGCGUGUUACUUUUACUCGAUAUAUUUAUUCGAUGGAGCGACAUAGCUCCAAUGCGUGCUAUUUUUUUUUUUUUUUGUGAAAAACGAAGAAACAAAUACGAAAAUAGAGGAAGCGAGACGUGGAGCUUGAGCUAAAUAAGGAGACGGAGGUUUUGCGUUGUAAGAAUAAAUUUUAGUUAUUAAUCA